AGAGAGAAUAAUUAGGGCGCGUUUGGGGAACAAAAUCCGAGCCUCCAAAGUUCAAAACCCUGUUCUUCUUUCGCCUAUGCCAAUGUUAAACCCAGAAACGAAAAACGCGAAUUGUGGCUGAUUGGUGAUCAAAGGAAGAGAAAGCAACAAUGUUUGGUGCCAGAAAUCUUCAAAGACAUUGCUUUAAACCCCUUUCUUCUCUGUUUCAACUUCAAUCAAAUGUUGUGCCUUUAGCUCACACACCUGAGUGCAGCAACAUUGUUAAAGUUGAAGAGGCAUGCCAAAGAGUUGGUUUGAAUUGUUAUGUUAAGCAGUUGAAUCUUUUGAAUGGAUCAUUGUGGUCUCGAGCCAUGUCAACUUCCAAAGGAAGGAGUAUGCGCAGCAAGGUGGAGAGGCGAAUGCAGAAAGAGUCUGGUAAGACUUUGAGGGAGGUUCGGAGAGCGAAAAAGUUGAAGAAGAAACUCAUGACUGAGGAGGAGAGGCUCGUUUACAAUCUCAAAAGAGCCAAGAAGAAAGUGGCAUUGCUUCUACAAAAGCUCAAGAAGUAUGAGCUACCAGACCUGCCUACUCCUCGGCAUGAUCCAGAGCUCUUAACACCUGAACAACUUCAGGCAUUUAAAAAAAUUGGAUUCCGGAAUAAGAACUAUGUCCCAGUCGGUGUUCGUGGAGUCUUUGGAGGGGUUGUGCAAAAUAUGCAUCUCCAUUGGAAGUUUCAUGAGACUGUGCAAGUUUGUUGUGACAACUUCCCCAAGGAAAAAAUAAAAGAAAUGGCUUCAAUGCUUGCUAGAUUGAGUGGGGUUGUUAUAAAUGUUCAUAAUGUGAAAACAAUCAUUAUGUUCCGUGGAAGAAAUUAUCGUCAGCCCAAAAAUUUGAUACCUAUUAACACCCUUACAAAGAGAAAGGCUCUAUUCAAGGCCAGAUUUGAGCAAGCUCUUGAAUCUCAGAAGCUAAACAUAAAGAAAAUAGAACAGCAGCUUCGACGGAUGGGAGUAAAUCCUGAGGAUCCAGCUGCCAUGGCUAGCAUUCAGAGAGUUGCUUCCACAUUCUUCAAUGCCAUUGACAAGAAAGAAGGAACUCCUUAUGUCUUCCGUGAAGGUAAGCAGUCAAUAAUAGAACCUGCUGCAGGUUUGGAAGAGUCAGAACCUGGUGUUGAUAGUGAUCAGGAAGAACUAGAUCGAUUCAUUGCUGAGAUAGAGGAUGCAGCAGAUAAAGAGUAUGAAGCUGAAGAGGCAAAAGAAAAAGAAGAGUUUGGUAGAAUUAGAUACUGGAACAAAGAAGAAUUUGGUGGAAGAUACAGAAGAUCAGAUGUUUCUAGAAAUGAUGACCAUGAUGUUGAGGCUAGAGGCCAAAGGGUUUGGCAGAGUACACAACCCAAGCGACAUGCCAUAGAUAGUGAUGAUGAAGAGAAUGCUCAUUUUGACAAUGAUGAUGAUGAAGAUGAUGAGUGGCGUUUCAAUAAUGCUGAUGAUGCUAGUGAUCUUGACAGCAAUUCUAAUGGAUCCGAGGGAAGUAGAGGAAGGUUCAAGGAAAGUAGGAGGAAGAGAGAAAAGCAGAAUAAUCCUGAAAUGGGACAACACCGAGAUAACAGAAGUUCAAAUAGACAUGCUGGAGCUAAAUUUAGGAGUAAUGUGAGCAUGGAAGAUUCUGAGUCAGAAGGCAUGUUCAGUGAUGUUGAAAAUGCAAUGUGGGAGUCUGAGGAUGAAGAGAAUAAUGACUCAGGACAUUUGAGAAAGUUCAGUGAAAAUAACUACAACAGUGGUAGCAGUGAUGAUGAUGAUGAUGAUGAGUAUACACAUCAAGCAAUGAGAAACAACAAGAGUGGUGUGAAGAAGGAUCAUAAGGGUAAGGUUGGUGAUUCUGCUCAAUAUCAUAAUAGUUUUGGUGCACCAAAGAGUUUGAGAGGUAAGCAUGGAGUUAACAAAGUUGAUUCUGAAUCCAUAGAUGAAUUUAGCGGUUCAGAAAACUGGUUGUGGCCUUCAGAUGCUGAAGGAGACUACCCUACAAAACAAAAUAGUAAUGUGAUCAAAAGUGAUAUACCUAAGAGGAGAACACCAAAAGAUGCAGAUGAGGCUUGGGACAGUGAUUAGUCCAGUAAUGUGAAAAUUAUCAUCACUGUCACAUGUUAUCUGCAUAAAUCCUCAUGUGAUGUAUGUGGCUGGCUUAUUCUUGAUGGUGUUUGAAGCUUCAGAUUUUGACUAUCUGAAGAAGAAAAUUGUUUUGUGACAUUUUUUUAUUGAAUUAAUCAAUUGGAAUUGAAAGA